AUGCUAUUCAUCGACAGCCUCAGCAAUGGCCCUCUACGACAUUUUACGCUCGGGGCAACGCUUGUCCUUGCGGCACCCCUUGUUUGUUACGCGUUCGUCCCCAACGCAUGCCGCGACCUGUUGUCCCGCGUGAAGAGGCUAAUCCGGCGACGUCCCCGAUACGUACAUGCCCGGCUUGAUGAGGGCUAUUUCCGGCAGCUCCAUCUCCUUCCGGGGCGAGAUGGCGAAGAGGUUCGGGUGAAGCUCACCACCGUCUCGAUUGACGACCCGGCGCCGUAUCAUGCCGUGUCGUACGCUUGGGGCGACCUCAGAGACCAUGCCUACAUCACAUGCGACGACGGCGAGAUGCAGAUCACAAGGACUCUCUUCGAGGCACUUAAGCGCUGGCGCCGGCCCGACGAAGAGUUUGUUCUGUGGGCGGACUCCAUCUGCAUUGAUCAACAAAACACCCAGGAGAAGACGCAUCAGAUCGCUCGGAUGACCGAGAUCUACUCCAGGGCUGCUUCUGUUUUGAUCUGGCUGGGAAGCGAUGACAAGGACCUCGAUGGGGUAACGGAACUGGUUGAAGAGGCUCUGGGAUUCAUCCCGGAAGUCGUGGAUGACCCCAAGAAGAACAGGGAGAGCGCAGAGUUGCUUGGCCAACGCAAUACCGAACGCUUUGAUGAGGGAAAGUCGACUACCAAGGGCAUGGACUGGAAGCCUCUUCGGUCGUUGCUGAAUCACAGCUGGUUUGAAAGGAAAUGGGUCUAUCAGGAAGCCGUUCUCAAUGAGAAGACCGUGCUCUACUGCGGCAAGCUGGAAAUGCCGUUUGAGUCUGUGGCAGAGCUUGCGUUGCGUAUGGCGACGUUCGGAAUCCAAGCUUUACCUAACGACGGAUCACUUACCGACAGGACAGUGGCUUUCAUUCCUGGGCGACUCUACAACCUUUCCUUGAUGCGCCUCAGCCACUGGUACCGCGGCAAGAAGCCCGUCACUCUGAUGGAUGGGGUCAAAGCCACCAGAUCAUUCGCCUGCAGCGACCCGCGAGAUCAUAUCCUGGGGAUAUUUGGACAUGCAUCGGACGUCGAAAAGGACAGCAUCAUCUCUCAAGACAACUUGUACGCAUUGUCAGUCCAAGACUGCUACUUACGCUUCGCCAAAUCCCAGCUCCUAGAGAAACGCAACUUGAAUAUCUUAUCGUUGGCGCCACAGAAACUCGUUGCCGACGCCAUGGCACCGUGGUACCUUCGCCCGUACAUUCGAUGGCAGAAACGGCGCUUGCCCGGGUUGCCGUCGUGGGUUCCGGACCUGAGGAACCAAGAAGUCGAUUCCCUGCCGAGCUACAGUGUACGGUAUGGAAAGUUCUCGGCCGGUGGGAUAGCUUUGCCGAACGUUCAGAUCAUCGAUGACAAGGUCCUCAGGUGUACCGGUAUGAUCAUCGACACGGUCAAGGAAGACGGCAUCUUCUGGCCUGAACUGCCGUUCCCGCCGGCGCCCAAGCGAGUACCGCACCCGCUGCAUCUCGUCGACAGCUAUCACUCCAGAAACGCCUGGAGAUCCCUCAACUACUACCGACAAUGCGUGAAACUUGCGUGCGGCUCCGAGAAUAUCAAUGACAUGUCCGCCGAGCGCCUGGAUGCCUUCUGGAAGACGAUGACGUGCGAGAGAAGCCAGCUCAGCGACCGCAUCGACGUCGACAUGUCGGGGCAUGUGAAGACCAUGAUCACCGGCAUGGAGGUCUGGUUGACUUCUGAGGACCCGGAAGAGGCGGAAAUGGCCAGGAUAAGGUUCGUUGUUUCGGGGCAGGCAGUUGAGAUGAGCAUUCUUUCGGCCGCGACUCCGAGAAGACUUUCCUCGACGGCGGAAGGCCGACUUUUGCCACUCAUCAUCAGACCAACAACGAAUGGUUUGUACGAAUUGGUCGGCGAUGCAUAUGUGAGUGGUGUCAUGGAUGGAGAGGCGCUUACAUCUGCCGAGAACGACUUCGCACUCUCGAGCUUCUGGCUGGGUACAGGAUUCCUGCCAACUGAGGCUAUUUUCGUUGCAGAGAUGCCAACCUCUAUCCUGCGCGGUUCUGCCUACUGUCCCGAGACUGUACGCGUACACGCCCAGAGAAACGCGGACAACUCCCGAUGUGACGAGCAACGACCAGCAUGCAAGAAUUGCAUCAAGCAUGGCGUGGCCUGUGGCUUCCUUUCGUCCCCGUCUCGGGAUCCGAUGUUCUCUCUUUCGCAACACGCAGGAGACUUGAACUUUCUCGACCUCGAGCUUUUGCAUCACUACUGCAACUUUACGGCGUACACCCUAUCAGAAAACUCGCUGAUGCGAGAGUUCUGGCGGAUGAAUGUUAUCAAACUAGGGGUCGAGUGCGAUUAUGUGAUGCGUAGCGUCCUCUCUCUCGCAGCACUUCAUCUGGGACAUCUGUGUCCGGAGAGAAAAGACUACCUUCUGCAGAAGUCUAUGGCCCACCACGAGAUGUCUUCCAGAACGGCAGUGGGGUUGAUGCAGGAGGUUCAUGAGAGCAACAAAGCACAGUUGUUCAUCUUCUCCGUGCUGACCAUUUACAUUGUGCUUGCGAAUUCUCAGCAUUUGAGCGAUGCGCCGCUGGCCGGCGUGGAGCAGUCGCCGGACUGGAUUGUGUUGUUCUGCGGGACCCGGUAUCUUGUGGGAGAGCCGAACGACAACCUACUGAUUUCACCUAUUAUCACACGAACGACGAGACACUUCCAGACCCGGGAAAGGCCGUACCACCACACGCACCUCGGGGAUCUUGAGGCGAACAUCAACGCCUCGGAGCGAGACGAUGGGCUUCUUGCCAUCUACAACCAUGCGAUCAACGAGCUUUACAAGUCGUACGGAGUCUUCUACGAGUGCACCGAGCCACAGGACAUUACAGACGUGUUUGUUUGGAUUGCGAUGGUUGCGGAUGAUUUUCUUCCACUGCUACGAGAAUCAAGGCAAAAGGCUUUGGUCAUUUUCUUGUACUUUUGCAUGCUUCUUAAGCAGCUGCCCAGUCAGUGGUGGCUGGACGCUUGGUCGAGUAACCUCUAUGGAAAGACGUAUGGAUUGCUAGACGACGAGCACCGCGCGUGGAUCAGAGAUCCUACAAUGGAAUUCAGCGAUAUGUGUCCGUGA